AUCAGUCUCUGCCCCUUGCUGCCAUUAGUUGGGCUGCACCACAGGCCGGUGGGCAGCUCUAGGACUGUCUCCUUUGAGCAGGGGUGGCUGGGUCGCAGCACAAACUAGCCAGGGCCUGAUUGCUGAAGACCCCCCAUCCCGCAAUUGUUCCCCACAUUAGCCAGAUUACAGCGAGCCGGGUUAUGCCAGCCUGUGCUGCAGUCACGACGUCUUCGCUACCUGUGUAAACAGCCCCUGAACCACUGGAAACUGAGCUUCUAGUCCAGCCUGGUCUGUGACCUCAGGCAUGUCUCAGCCACCAUUGUGCCUCAGUUUUCCCAACUGUAAAAUGGGAACAACUCUGGCCUCCUUGGGAAAGCUCUCUGAGUGCUACCAAUGGGCGGAGCAAGGGCUGGCGAGGAUUAGCCUUGCCUUGGUCACAUGGGCUUGGUACAAUUCCAGCAGGCGGAAGGUGCUGUCAGUUGCUCAACAGCGCUUUGUGUCCAUAUGAAAUCAAGUGAGGUGGUCCAGUGACAAGCAGUUGAGUAGCUGAAAGUCAGUGGGCAGGGAACCGGGUGCCAGGCCCCAGAUCACAGGCAAAUUCAGCGUAUGGGGAAGAGGGCCCCUCCCCCCCAUGCCUCAGCUCCCAGCACUUGCGGGAGGAGUUCACAAAUGACAAAGCUCUCCUCGCUUCCCCACGUGUUGUCUCUUGCCUUGGCUGGGCACUGCUCUGGGGCGGGCCCAGCUCUUCUAGCCCAGAAUCACAGAAGUGCCCAAAAAGUGGGGUUGGGAGGCACAAGCACCCAGACCCGUGAUCCCCCACCCUGCUGUUCUUGCCCCAAGUCCCCACACACACACUGUCCCGUUUUCCCCCAAAAUGCUCCUGAGCUACCUCUUCCUCCCAAGACCCACCCCCUACUUGUGCUCUCCGCCUGUCUUUGCCUGCCCUUACAUGCCUCUGGCCCCCCACCCCCUGCUCCAUGCCCCCUGUCCAUGGCCUGCCUGACCAGGGGCUGCUGCUGGAGACUGGCAGGUUUUCUACCAGCUGAUACCAGAGCCAGGCACUCCCACAACCAAAUCCCCCUCUGUCAGAGCAAAGGGACCCCAGCCCCCCCCUCCCACCAAAUCCCCCUUCCUCAGAGCCAAGCAACCCAGUGCCACCCAACCAAAUCCCCUUCCAGAGGAGCCAAGCACUGGAGGAAUCAGUCGGGUAAGUUUGGGGGACAGACACAAAUAACGGAGUUCUGUGCGCUCAAUCAUGUAAGUAAUUUGCACUCAAACCUCCCAUUGACUUUAGGAGAUCUAUAUGAGCAACAAUUAUAUGGUUGGAGCCUUAAAGUCAUAUUACAAGAGUAUUUAUGCAUUUUCUUCCUUGAGAGGCAAACAAAGCAGGAAAUGAAAUUUUUGGUAACACUGGGGAAAAAUGGGGUUUUAGAUUUUGAUGGCCUAAACAGAAAUGGUGGCUGUUUUUGGGCAGGGGGGAGGGGGACGACAGUUUUGGGCUGGGAGUUUGUUUUUGGUUUUGUUUUUUUAUUCAGUGAUUGAAGCAACAGCUCUUGAGUUUGUGUUGAGGACUGGUAAAUUUGAAGUUUUAUUAUUCUACCUUCUCCU